AUGAAGGUGGCCGGCACCAGGCUCUCUGUCCAGCGGGAGAGCCUCAAGCGUCUUACCACAAAGGACGUUGCCCCAGCAAUUAAAAUGAAGCGCUUUGCGUCGCUACUGAUCGAGCUCGGCCUAGUCCUCUUACACUUUGUGACUGAAACAGAGCAGGCGCAAGAAUCCGCUGACAUAGUUUUCCUAAUUGAUGGAUCAAAUGAGGUGGAACGUGCUGAAUUUCAGCUCAUACAUUCCUUCAUUGCAAAUAUUGUUGAAGAUCUUAAUAUUGGCCCCAGUGCCAUCCAGACCGCUGUGGUGCAGUACAGUAAUGUCCCGAGUACCGAAUUCUAUUUAAAAGCAUACAACACAAAAAGAGGAAUUCUCAAAGCCAUGCAACAUCUUCAUCAGAAUGGUGGACACGAUGCCAAUGUGGGAUUAGCCCUCCAGUUCCUGAUGGACAAUCACUUUGUUGCAGAAGCUGGAAGCAGGGCAGCGGAGAAGGUUCCCCAGGUAUUGAUCCUUAUAACCUCCAGACAGUCCACAGAUGAUAUCAAGAGUGCAGUGUUUUUGUUGAAGAAGUUGGGGACCUUUAUAUUUGUUGUUGGUGUGAAAGACGCUGAUGCAGAUGAAAUGAAAAAGAUAGCGACUGAUCCUUCAUUUACUAUCCUCCUACCCGACGUCCGACAAAUGGCUUCCGCACGAACACAGCUGAUGCCCCUGCUUUCAUUGGUGGCCAAGAAACAAUUGGUGAUUGAGGUGCAAGAAUCGAAGGCUGAAGCCCAAGUCAGCAAGAGAGACAUAAUAUUUCUCAUCGAUGGUAGUUCCAGUGUGGGACACGAAAACUUUUUGGAAAUGGUCAAGUUUAUCUCAAACAUGGUCAACAAAUUUGUGAUCGGAUCGGACUCUGUGCAAGUUGCAGUGGUUCAAUCCAGUGAUGAUCACCGUCUGACUGAAUGGUAUUUAAACACUCACACGACGCAAUCUGCUUUGCAAAGUGCUCUGACGAGACUCAGAAUGAACGGUGACAGGGAGGUUUACACUGGUGCGGCGCUGGACUACGUUUUCAAAACACACUUUACCAGAGAGGCAGGAAGCAGGAAAGAGGAUGGAGUCCCCCAGCUUUUGGUGGUCAUCACUGGAGAAAGAUCUGUGGAUGAUGUCAAGGCACCCGCAGAUGCCCUGAAGCGGGCCGCUGUAAUGACCAUUGCCAUUGGAGUCAAGAAUGCAGAUCAGGCACAGAUAAAAGAUAUCGCAAUCGACCCCAGUUUACUCUUCUACGUGGACAGAUUCCAAGAUCUGCACGGGAUAAAGGAACGAGUGAUGGCACCCCUCUCAACAUUGGCCGGUGUAACUAUCACUUAUGACCAACCAACUGAACCAUCUAUUAAAGAGGUGGACAAGAGGGACAUUGUGUUCCUUGUUGAUGGGUCAUACAGCAGAAAAAUAAGAAAAUUGCCUAUUAUCCAGAGCUUCAUCACAAAGACAAUUGAAGCCUUUGACAUUGGCAGUGAUGCUGUACAAGUAGGCCUGGUGCAGUACAGUGAUAGUGCAAAACCUGAGUUCUUUCUAAACACCUACUCAUCAAAAGAUGAAAUGCUCUCUCACGUACGAAAACUCCGACAGAGAGGUGGCACCGUUCUCAAGACAGGAGAAGCCUUGAAAUAUGUCCUGAAAUACAUUUUUAACAAAUAUUCAGGAAGUCGGCACGAGGAAGGUGUUCCCCAGUUCCUUGUGCUCAUCACAGGUGGAAAAUUGAAUGAGGAUGUGAAGCAGACCAGCGACGCACUGUCACGAGCCGGCAUUAAAACUUUGGCCAUUGGAUUUGAGAAUGCCAUAAUGCAACAACUUCAAGAGGUUACUUUGGAUGCCAACUUGGUUUUUGAUAUGAAAGACUUACGUUCUGUUCCAGAAGUACAGCAAAAAGUCCUGUUCUCCUUGUCAACUCUGAAUAAACCCACACAAACCCCCGGGCUGUCUAUAUCUCCAACUAUCAAAGUUCCAACAGAAGCUGACAAGAAAGACAUUGUGUUCUUAAUUGAUGGAUCAUUUAAUGUGGGAGACACAAAUCUACCAGCCAUCCGUGAGUUCAUCAAAAGCAUAAUUCAGACCCUGGACAUUGGAACUGACAGAGUGCAGGUCGGCCUUGUACAGUACAGUGACAUUGCAGAGACCGAGUUUUUUCUAAACACCUAUUCACGGAAAGGUGAACUAAUCGCUCGAAUCAACAAACUCACACUGAGAGGCGGCACUCAGCUUAAGACUGGGGCAGCGCUGAAUUAUGUCCAGAAAUAUGUUUUCACCAGAGAUGCGGGAAGCAGGAAGGAAGACAGUGUUCCGCAGUUUUUGAUUCUCAUCACAGGUGGAAGAUCAAAGGAUGAUAUCAAAGCACCAUCAGAUGCGUUGCUGCGAUCGGGUGUGAUGACCAUCGCCAUUGGAGCUGAGAACGCAGUAAAGCAGCAGCUCCAAGAGGCAGCUUUGAACCCCAGUUUGGUUUAUCACGUGAAGGAGUUUCAUUCACUUCCAGAGAUACAGCAGGCAGUGCUGAUGCCUUUAUCCACUCUGAAUGGUGUGAGGAUCAUUUCUGAGUUGCCAACCUUGAAGAGCAUCAAUGAAAAUGGUGAGACCCAGGAACGAGACAUUGUGUUCUUGAUCGAAGACUCGUGGAGAGCUGCUGCUUCAUUUGAUUCCAUCCGAGAGUUCCUCUACAGCAUAAUUAAACAGCUCAACAUCGGGGAGGACAGGAACCGUGUAGCGGUGGUGCAGUACAGCGAGAAGGCAAGGGUAGAGUUUCCGCUGGAUGCUUACACAGACAAAGGUGACCUUCUGGCUGCCGUGCAGAGACUGAGGCCGGCAGGCGGAAGCGCGGUGAACACGGGGGCCGCGAUGAAGCACGUCGUCGAGGAGAUCUUCACCACGGCCGCUGGACGUAGGCGAGCUGAUGACACACCACAGAUCCUGGUGCUCCUCACUUGCUCAAAAUCAAUGGAUGAUGUCAAGGAGGCAGCAGAUACACUGAAGAGAGCUGCCAUUGUCACUUUUGUCAUAGGCGUCCCAGAUUCUGACAGACAGGAGUUACAAGAGAUUGUCUAUUCUCCCAAUCUCCUGUUUGAAGCCCAAGAUUUCAAGUCACUUCCCGAGAUCCAAGAACAAUUGCUGCAGCCCUUGACAACGCUGAUCAUUAAAUUUAUUACAAUGCCACGUGGUGUUACUGAAGGCCACAAGCGAGAUAUUGUUUUCCUAAUUGAUGGUUCCUCUCAUGUGGGAAUAUAUUUCUAUUUAAUCCGUGACUUUAUUGUCAACUUAAUCCCUCAUUUUGAUAUUGGAAAGGACAAAGAUCAGAUAUCAGUGGUGCAGUACAGUGGCGACACAAGGGUAGAAUUCCCACUGAAUGCACUCACUAAUACAGAGGACGCCUUGGCCGCUGUCAAAAUGUUACGGCAGAAAGGUGGGAACGAGCUGAGGACCGGGGCUGCGCUGGACUUUGUCAGGAAGAAUGUCUUCAGCAAAUCUGGCGGAGGCAGGAAACACUUGGGCAGCUCGCAGAUCCUGCUACUGGUCACGUCGAGGAAGUCACAGGAUGAUGUGUGGCAGCCCUCGGAGCAGCUGAAACAAGCUGGAGUUGUGGCGCUCGUCGUCGGCAUUGGGGACGUGGAGCGAAGCGAACUCCGCCAAAUCGCAUAUUCCCCCAGUCUGAGCUUUCGUGUCGACAACUACUUGGGGCUUUCCGACCUGGAUCUGCACAUGCUCACCGUCUCACAGAGCACAGAGAAUGUCCCCAUACCGCCCACCAUCGGCUCAGGUGUCGACAGAAGAGAUAUUGUUUUUCUCAUUGAUGGUUCUGCUAAACUUGGAAAAGGAUUUAAAGUUGUUCGUAAGUUUAUGGCAAAGAUAGUGGAAGGUUUUGACGUUGGAGUGGGGAAAGUUCAAUUCGGAGUGGUACAAUUCAGCGAGAAUCCACGUACCGAAUUCUUUCUGAAUUCUCAUGCGACCAAGAAGAAAGUUAUGGUUGCUAUCAAGAAACUCAAACUGAAGCGGGGCAAGAAAAUCAACAUCGGUCAGGCACUGGACCACGUCAUGCACGAGGUAUUCACCAGCUCAGCGGGAAGCAGGAUUGGUAAUGCUAUUCCACAGAUUCUAGUUCUCCUCACUUGCGGGAAGUCGAACGAUGAUAUUUCACAGCAGGCAGAUAAAUUAAGGAAGCUUGGAAUCGUGCUAUUUGGGAUAGGCCUAAAGGAGGCCGAUGAAAUGGUACUGGAGCCAUUGGCCUACUCCCCCGCUUUAGCCUUUCCUGUGAAAAGCACCAAGGGCUUGGUCAACAUUCAGCAUCAACUCCAGCAAAUCAUGAAAACUGUGGCCGUGGAAGUUGUGGAAUAAUCUGCUAGAGACAAAGGACUAACGUUCCAGAUGGCUGAGCCUGUGUGGAUCUGCUGGUUGAUAAUUUGCCACCUUCAAGUUCUGCAUUAUACCCAGACGUACAGUGAUUUCUGACAAAGGAAUUGGUUCUACUUCAAAUAGGUUAAUCAGUAGAAUUAUCAUGAUAUUUGUGACGUCAUGAUAAAAAAAAUGUAGUGGUUUAGUGAUUGCUGCAAUUACAAAUGUAAAACUAAUCUAUUCUCUGGAUAUUUGAUAAAACACUAAAAAAAAACAGCAUGUAUGUCUUAAUUUGCAUUAGAUCACCAAUGGCUUCAUUAUGAGUGUAUUCUAUGGAAGUUAUGUACUCUGUGACUUAGUCUCAUUCUAUUUGAUUACAUGUUGUUGUCAGAGGAGCGUGGUUCUCAGUUCAUGGAACAUCUUUCAACUUUUCUGUUUAAACUGUAAAUGCCUGGAAGAGUAAUUUCUGAAUUAGACAUCUAAAAAUCAUAAAAUUGGAAUGCUUUCUGUGUUGCAUCUUUCCAAAUAAAAUAUUCAGCUUUGAA